AUGCGAAAGUCUGCGACAACAAUUCUGCCACGUUCAUCAUCAACUAAUUUAUCUUCUAUUCAACAAAAAAAUUCUUCUUCUAAAAUAACAACAACAACAACAACACGACUUCCACAUAGUACAAGCCAUCAAGAUUGUCACAAAAUCAUAUCAAAUCCUCCACGUUCUCGUUUAAAUUUUUCUACAAGUGCAACAACACAUGAAUUAUCUCGUUUCGAACCAAUUCUUAAUCAUGAUACUGAUUCAUUAAAAAUUGGUGAUCGAAUAUAUGUUAAUGGUCAAUGGUCAGGUAUUAUAUUAUAUAUUGGUGAAACAACAUUAGGCACAGGUGAUUGGGCUGGUGUUAUACUUGAUGAUUCAUCUUUAGGUAAAACAAAUGGUAUUGUACGUGGUAGAUGUUAUUUUCAAACAACGAAUAAUCGUGGAAUAUUUUGUCGUUUAACUAAAGUUACUCGAGAAAAAAUUUUAUCUUGUGAAAUAAAUGAAAAAAGCAUCAAACAAAAAAAAAAUGAAAACGAAACAAAAAUUGUGAAUAUUUAA